AUUCUGAUUGGUGGCGACGGGGAAGGCCAAUGGGACGGCGCGUUGCAGGAUACUGGUGGCGGCAGUUGGCCUUCGUCUUUGUUCUGGAGAAUUCCGACCCGAGGAAAAUUAAACCGGAGGCAAAAUGAGAGGCGACAGAGGACGUGGCCGUGGACGCUUUGGCGCAAGGGGCGGCCCAGUUGGGGGGUUCAGACCAUUUGUCCCUCACAUUCCGUUUGACUUUUACGUGUGCGAGAUGGCCUUUCCCCGGGUGAAGCCUGCUCCCGAUGAAACUACUCUGAGCGAGGCCUUAUUAAAGCGGAACCAGGAUCUGUCCCCAACUCCAUCUGAACAGGCCUCAAUACUGUCCUUAGUUACCAAGAUUAACAAUGUGAUCGACAAUCUGAUUGUGGCUCCAGGCAACUUUGAAGUGCAAAUUGAGGAAGUGCGUCAGGUCGGCUCGUACAAGAAGGGAACCAUGAUGACUGGGCAUAAUGUCGCUGACCUUGUUGUCAUCCUAAAGAUCUUGCCAACCUUGGAAGCUGUUGCUGCUCUGGGUAACAAGGUGGUGGAAACCCUCCGAGCCCAGGAACCCUCUGAAAUUCUUACUAUGAUCACUAACGAGACCGGCUUUGAGAUCAGCUCACCUGAUGCCACUGUCAAAAUUCUCAUCACCACUGUCCCGCCCAACCUACGCAAGCUUGAUCCAGAGCUCCAUUUGGACAUCAAAGUCCUGCAGAGUGCUUUGGCAGCAAUUCGUCAUGCUCGUUGGUUUGAGGAGAACUCCUCUCAGUCCACCGUUAAAGUGCUGAUACGGCUGAUGAAGGAUUUGAGGUGUCGCUUCCCUGGAUUCGAGCCUUUGACACCUUGGAUCAUCGACCUUCUGGGCCACUCUGCUGUAAUGAACAACCCAUCCAGACAGCCGCUGGCACUCAAUGUUGGCUUCAGACGUUGCCUACAGCUCCUUGCAGCGGGCUUGUUCCUGCCUGGAUCGGUCGGAAUUACAGAUCCCUGUGAAAGUGGAAACUUCCGAGUGCAUACCGUGAUGACGCUUGAGCAGCAGGACAUGGUAUGUUUCACGGCACAGACCUUGGUCCGCAUUCUCUCACAUGGAGGGUACAGGAAAAUCCUGGGAUUAGAAGGAGAUGCCAGCAGUUUAGCUGUGGAAAUGUCCACUUGGGACGGAGUGAUAGUGACGCCUUCAGAGAAAGCCUACGAGAAGCCACCUGAAAAGAAGGAGGGUGAGGAGGAGGCUACAGAAGGAGCUGAGGAGGAGGAAGAAAACAUGGAGACAACAGAGUGAAGGGCUCUGCUGGGACAUUAUUUAGUGGUCAAUACCCUGUGACUGAGCAACAUUCUGACACCAGCUACUUCAGCCUUGCCGCUGGACCAAUCAACAGUCCUGACGCCCUGAACUAUUUGUCGUGUUUUAUUGUGUUUCCUUUUUGUAGUCGAUUCGAGUUGCAAUAAAGCUUUUUUUUUUGUUUA